AUCAGCUCGGGGCAUCUGCGGAGCAACUGUCAGCAUCGCUGAUGGGCCUGCAGGAGAAGCUACCAAGGCCUUGCCUUGCAGUCGGAUUCCAAAGCGUCUGUAGUUCUGUGGGGAACCCAACAAGCAAAUCAACAGCAGAGUGGAUACAGGCUCUGAGAUACGUGUCGUUUACUGUGCCUAUUGCUCCUGCCAGCACAGCUGGUUAAAUAAGGGCUCCGAGGAAUUCAUGCUUCAUGGGCACCUGUAAUCAGCCCAGCUGCAGGAGGGCGCGUGCAGGCUGUGCUUUCGCUGCCAUGAGGAGGUGUUUUCUGCUGCAGUGACUACCUCAAUGUCAACAAGACCCUUCAGUUUUAACUUUGACAUAGUCAAGGUGUGAUCCUUGCCUCUCCUCCCCAGCCUGGUGCCAUGGCUGACACGAUUUUUGGCAGCGGGACGGGCCAGUGGGUGUGCCCCAACGACCGGCAGCUGGCACUGCGUGCCAAGCUCCAGACGGGCUGGUCGGUGCACACGUUCCAGACUGAGAAGCAGAGGAAGAUGCAGGCUCUGAGCCCGCAGGAACUUGAGGUCAUUCUGGAAGUCAUCCGCAAGGCGGAGAAAUUGGACAUCAUCGAGCAGCAGCGCAUCGGGCGCCUGGUGGAGCGGCUGGAGAACAUGAGAAAGAACACAAUGGGGAAUGGCCUUUCACAGUGUCUGCUCUGCGGUGAACUGCUUGGGCUGCUGGGUAGCACGUCGGUCUUCUGUCAAGAUUGCAAAAAGAAAGUUUGCACCAAGUGUGGAAUAGAAACCUUUGGAGCCCAGAAACGUCCUCUUUGGUUGUGCAAGAUCUGCAGUGAACAGAGAGAGGUUUGGAAGAGGUCUGGUGCGUGGUUCUACAAAGGGCUGCCCAAGUACAUCACACCUUUGAAGAGCAGCAGCAAAUCCAGUGAGCUGCACUCGCAACCUUGGCUAAGCGAGCCAGCCAUGCCGGAGGCAGAGAGCAUUGGGACCAGCCGAUCCUUCACCUGGGCCAGGGGAAAAGUGGUUUCUAGCGACAGUGAGAGCGACUCGGAGUUCAGUUCCUCUAGCCUGGAUGACAAACCUUUACCUGCGGGGUCAAAAGGCUCACAAGGCAGAAAGCACCGCGCAGGACUGGCAGCAUCACUCUGUUGUGUCCCUGCAGCACCCAUUGGGGAACCCAGCCAGGCCAUGGCGCUGGGGAGAACCCACUCUCCUGCCCUCUCAGGGAGCCACAGCAGCCUGGGCAGCGAGCAGGGGGCUGCCCUCAGCGCCACGGAGAGCUGCCAGAGCGACCAGCCAGCGGAUGGGCGCGACAGUGAUGUUGGCAGCAGAGUCCAUGGCAAACGGUGCGUCCACACCAAAACGCGAUGCUGACAGAGGUGAAGAUGGAGCUGCUUUGCCUGGAUCCAUCACUCAUCCCUUGUCCAUACCUGUAGACCUCACUCCAGACAACAACUGCUGCCACUGGUGACUUUAGAUGCCAGCUCUUGCACAGGCAUUAGCAACACAAUGGCACCUGGGAAAGCACCUGCCUCUCCUCCCUGCCUCACUGACCUGGUUUAUGGUUUGGUCUGGUUUCCCCUUCUGCUGAUGGACACACACUUUAGGCUGUUGCUCGGAGAAGGGAGCUGUGCUGUGCGGGUCCAGACCUGUGUUUGUUGGACGGUGCACAAAAAGUGCUCACUGGAGCUGAAGAAAUGUGUGCUGCCUCCACUGUUCCUGGCCUGCUGAACCCAGCAUUCAGCUCCUGACUUUGCAGCCUUCAGGAGAAAGGGAAGUUCACCCCUGUGUCCCUGAAAUGGGGUGUGAGGAGACUGCAGCCCUUCUACUGCAGCCCAGGGGUGGAUUUCCCUCUGUGAACCCCAAGGGUGAGACUGGGGCUCCCAUUUGCACUUGACUCCUGUGGGCCCAGGUUGUCACCCUUUGUGUUUCUUGUCAUCAUUGUUCUGGUUUGAACAAUGAUGUUUGGUGCGGGGCAUCCUGAAUCAGCUGGUGAAGUUGUGCUCCCGUUCACUUCCACUGAGGUCUCUCUCGAUGAUAGGGCUGUCUGCUCUGGGAGACGCUUUAGUUAGUUAAGAAACACUCGAAGUAGUUUGCUAUGAAUUUUUCAGUCCUCCUGGCCGUGCGCUGGCGUGUGUGUCUUGUGGUGAGGGUGAUGCUUUGGCAGUGGGGUCAUGGGGUGUGUGUGUGUGCUGCAGCUCCUGGUGGGAGAGUGCCCACCACCCCCCGGCCCAGCUGACUGCCUUUGUGUACCCAAACUGGAUAAAAGCUUUCAUACUACUUUAUCUUGUUAAGCUCUGCAGAUUCUUCUCCCACAUGCACACCUUGUCAGCUCUUGCAUGAACAGAGGCCUUUGUUUUACCUUUUUCCUCCAAGUCUCGAGCAUCUGGCUGACUGUGAUGGUGUCAUCAUGAGUCAGGCAGUAGAAAGCUGAGUGCCCCACUCCUGCUUAUUCUCUGGGAUGGACAAUUUCCCUCCAAGGCCUGACAGAUGAGAAAAAUCAAAUUACCUGAGAUCACUAGAGCAAUUAGGUCUUUGAAGGCCUGAACAAAACCCACACUAGGCAAGUAAGAGUCCGUGGAUUUUUAGUAAAUGCUUUGGAUCUGACCCGUCUUUUGCUGAAGAAACAAAGUAUUCCAAAAAGCUCCCUCUGAAAUAAUGGAUUUAAAGGCAAUUUGUGCCUGUUAAUGUCAGCCUUUUCCCUUGGUUAUUACUCUUUCGUUCUGUUCUCCUUUGCUGCUGAGUGCUUUGUGCGCAUGUAGUAUAUGUUUUUACAAAUGGCUGCAGUAUGAAGAUAAAUGAGAUUGGGUGCUGGAACACUCUAACAGGAGAUCGGAAAUCAAUCCUUGACUUUCUUUCUAAAUGAACAUGGUCCAACAGAGGACUGUUCCCUUACUGCUGUUCCAGCCAAUGCACUGUGGCAUGUUGCUGGGAAAAUCCUUCCAGCUCUUCCUCCGUGAUCUGUUUCUGCCCUUUUAAAAAGAAAAAUAAAACCUUUUCAUGAUGCGGGCCCUUUGAGAUGGCGUAAAGAGAAACCACUGAAUGUGGGCUUCACAACAUCGGUGUUGAAGAGAACGAGGGAUGAGGUUGUUCUCCACUGAGGGAUGCUUUAUGUUGUGGUCUGUGUUGUUUAAACCUGGCCACUGAGACUCAACCACCUGCAUCUCUGAAAGGGGUAAUGCCAAAAUUACUAGCUGUUUAUGAAAAAGUAAAUCCAAAAGUCAGCUUUUGCCAAAAUGCUGGUAUGAUUUCAGAGCUGAAGUCAUGAUGUUUCUUCUGAGGGACUGUAGGGUCUUCAAUUUCAGAAGCAUUUUGCCACCAAAAAAAGUCCUGGUUUGCCUUGGAGCUUUUGACAGUCCUACUGAGGCCGUCUGGGUCGCGCUCUCAUUACCGCAGUGCCUCAGCUUGGCCUGCCAGCCUAAAUUCAUUCUAUAGAAGGAGGAGAAGGAAAAAGACACUUAAAAAUUGGCUCCAUUUUCUUUAAACCUGUUACUUUCUCAUCAAAACCUCUACACUGAGCCGGAAAGAGUUUUUAAAAUUGAGUGUGUCGUUUCUAACUCUUCUUGUGUUUCCUGUGCUUCAUUCCUGGGCAGUGCAGGCAGGUCAGUUGUGUUUUCACCCCAGCCCUCGCUUCUUAGGGCCAUUUACCACACUGGGUUGCCACCUCUGCACAGGAACCUGGUAGUCCUUGCUGGUUUACUGUGCUGCUUUGAGGCAUGGUUUUGAUUUUUAACAGAGACUAGGUUUUAUAAAACACUCUCAGAGAUCUGGGACUGCUCUUGUACCAGUGAGACUGGAAACCAUUCUUUCUUACCUCUAUAUUUUACCUCCAUGGAGUAAUUCCACCUGAGUUUGAACUAGAACCCUUCAGUUGUCUAUGGAGAGACUCCUCUUGGGUCGAGGGAAGGAUCUAGCCCAGGAGAAUGUGAACUCCCACAUAUGAAUGUGAUAGAGGAAAAUCCACAACUCUGUGCGCAUAUUUUCUGUUAAAGACCACGUUUCUCUUUGUUGCAUCUCUCUUGGUUGUGUUUUGUAGCUUUGGUUGGAAUAUUAGCUGAAGCCUGUACCAGUUGACUGCCUUUUCCGUUGGCUUAAGGUGGGCAAGAAGGGCUCAGUGAAUAGUGCUCAGUCUGCUCUGGUCGUUUGUCUGUCUUUUAUUAUUUUGUUGUUCUCAUCUCCAUCCCUUACAACUUUUAUGUAGUGUUUUACUACUGGAAACAAUAAAACUUUGGCUCAGUAACAAAUGCUUGCCGUUCUUGAAACAGUAAAAAGUUUUUUUCCAUUCCCAGGUUGCAGAUACUCUCCAAAUCCUUGGUCUGGGUUCAGCGAGGAAAGAAAAUAAUCCAGCCAGUGGAAUGCUGAUUCACAUGGCUGGAGCAUAAUUGAAUUCUGCACUUGAAACUCAUCUUUUGUCUUGCCCCUCUUUGGUGCCUCACGCUGGCAAUGGCAGGAGGCAUGGGUCUGCUCCUCAGCCCCUAUGUGGAAGGUUUUCCAUGUUGUAACCACUAAGCAUAAAGCAGCACUGCUUGUCAUUCUGUCAAGUGUGUCCCCAUGGCCUCCCAAGGCUUGUCACUUGCUCCGGUUUAACAAUCAGGGUCCGUUCCGCUUUGCCUACAGAGAAGCAUCUCCGCAUUGUUCGCCGAGCAUGUGCAGCCCUGG